AUGUAUAUUAAUGAGAACACAAGCAGAAUAGUCCAGGAGCGAAGAAGAGAACCACACAGGGUUCUCCUAAUGUUUCUCUGCUCCGUGGCCUGCAAUGCUGCUAGUCAGUCUGUUAUUGAAGAGGAUGGGUGUCCAGUUCCGAUGUGGGUCCAGUUCAACAGAAGCUGUUACACGCUUAUUUAUGUUGCACCACAAAAUGUACUUGGUAUGAAUCUUGCCCAGGAGCUUUGCAAAGAUAUUGGUGCUGACACUGUAAGCAUUCAAACCAAGGAGGAAAAUGCGUUCUUACUGAGAAUGUUCCAGACCAAGUGGAAGGGACCCAAGGAGGUUUUGCUGGGCAUGUUUUAUGAUGCUGAUGAGAACACUUUGAAAUGGUUUGACAAGUCACCAGUAACAUUCACUAAUUGGAGACAGGAGAAGAUCACAGAUGAAAACUUAAACACUUGUGUGAAAAUGAACACAAUAACCGGAGAGUGGGAAUUCACCGAGUGUGACCAGUUUGCAGAAUCGGGAACAUUGUGUAAAACAGGAUUGGGUCACCGAGUGCUAAUGAUCAGCCUGGUCACUGUAUUUGCACUAAUUGUACCAUCACUGCUGCUACUGUUAUUUAUUCUAUACAAGAAAAAACAUUUACUCCGUGGAUUUUCAUCAAGACAUCUACUCGGAGGUGCCCAGGUUCUCCCAUACAGUGAUGAUAUGCUGGUGGACACAAUGGAGGGAGAAGACUGGGCCUGAACUGGACACAUUUAAUACAAUAGCAGUCUCA